ACGGUGAAACGUCAUCACGUCGCUGCUCCUCUGUCGGGUUUCUGCGGGAAAACGAACGUGUUGAGAUGUUUUGAGAGGUUUCAGCAGGUCGGUGUUUCGCUUCUACAUGAAACCUGUGUUUAAAUAAUUCAGGUUACUAUGGAGCCCAAGGGAGCUGAGUCUCAGCCAUCCGGCAUGGGGCCGGUUGAGGUGGUGAACUCUAUUCGGGAGCGAACGAUCACAGAGAACAGCAUGGUGAUCCUCCUGCAGGGCCUUCAGGGAGAGGUGACCACGGUGGACCUGAGGAACGAGAGCACGGCACGUGGACGCGUGGUCAACGUAGAUGCCUUCAUGAACGUACGGCUAGAGGACGUGUUGUACCGGGACCGGCGGGGUCAGCUCACACAGCUGCAGGACCUAUUCAUCACUGGCAGGAACAUCCGCUAUGUCCACAUCCCCGACCAUAUGGACAUAAUGAAGACCAUAGAGAGCCAGCUGGCCAAGAUUCACCGCGUCCGGAACUUCGGCAGUGAAGGCGGAGGCAGGAAAGAGUUUGCCAAGAAAACAAAAUGACUUUUUUUUUUUUUUUUUUUUUUUUACAUUUGGAAAAGACGCUGCUUGUGUAAGGUUCAGAGAUUAGAGGACAAACACCAGUCUAGACCAAUAGUUUACAUCCUGAGGGCCCACAAAGUGACUCCAGGGUCAAGAACAGGGAGAGAGAUCUCAGGUACAGUAAGCUAUAGUUACAGUCCUCCUUUUCAUUGUAAAAUACUGGAAGCUGUCUUUAGUGCUAUAAAAACUGAACAGCUUGGAACCUGGGAUGAAAGGCCACAAUCUGGGUUUGAUUUCUUGUAAGGAUCACAAACUCGAAAGGCUGAUAUCAGUAAAUGUUUUAAAUGUUUAAAAAUAAAACUCAACAGACUGAUUUGUUUCCCUAUGUAAACACUGUAACAAUUCUUUUUAAUACAUUGCGGAUUAUUUCUUGGAUUAAUCGAUCCUUGUAUCAACUCAAAGAAGCUCUUUGGUUGAGAUAAAAAAAAAAGACAAACUAUUUAGGGGGAUUUUUAAAUGAGAUAUGAUGAAAAUGCUAAAAAAAAAUCCAUCUGAGAAUAACGUGAAAUCUUUUUCAAUAUAAUUAUAACAACUAAAUGAUAGAUCCUCUUUUGCACAAAGGGUUUAACUUAAACAACGCCACAGCUUCUCUCAUACUUUGCUGACUUAGAAACAGUGAAGAGUCUUAUCUCUUAAACAUAGAGAAUACCCUAAAGCAGUCACUUUUUGUGCCUUUUGAGGUGCUGCACCUCAUAUUUGUACUAAAUAGCAAAAAUACAUUUAUCAUACAUUUCUCCUAAUUUUUAUAGUAUUUUCUACACCUCAUUUGCAGAAUCUGGACACCUACAUUUUUUGCUAUUAUAACACCAGUGAGGUACACCUGUCAAUGUAAGCAGCCAUGCUUUUUACUCACCAGACGGAUCAGCUAAAAACAAAAGUCACCUCCACACUGUUGUUAUAAAGGACGAGAUUUAAACUUGGGGGUCUUAUGAGAUUUGACUCGCUUUUGGAGGCUCAAUUUUUCCACCGCCAGAGGUUGCAGCUUGUUUAUUUUGGCCCAUGUUUCUUUUUUUUAAGUAGGUUUCCCUUUAGCGGGAUUUAAGCAUUAGUUAACUUCUCCCACAGUUGUGGUUUGCUCCCCACAACAAAAUGACUCAACUUAUUAAGCUCCUCACUGUCAUUCUGGGCCUUUUGAUGUGUCGCUCUCUAAUAACUCCCUCCAGCCAGCAACUUAAUUAACUAUCCUAACUUUUGUGCUAUCGCAUUAUUAAAGAUCUCUUUUGUCUGUCUUUCAGUACGUUAUCAUUUUAAUUUAGUUGUAAAAAUACUUUGAGGGACUUGUCUUUUCUUACCAAAUUAUUCCCAAAGUUAAUCUCUCUGCUCCAGCUCAGUUUUAUGAGAACUGAAUGGCUCAUAUUGCAGCUGACACUGAAUGCGGUUGUGGUGUGAGGGCCAGUGUAUUUACUGGUAAAUGGUGAGCAUCACAAAGCCCAUCUUUCUGUGUGUUAAAAAAAACAGCCCUAAGUUAAUCACUGCCUGUAUGCAGGAAAACAUUAGUCACUGGUGGGGAAAAACAAGCCGACCUGUUUCCACAGCUCCACAAACAUCUCUGCAUCAGCGAGCAAGUCGCUCUCAGUCACGACAUUGACAUCCACUCUUGUUUUUUAGCCAGUGGAGACAAGCGUGGCGGGUGAAAGGAAGGUAGUGUUUUGCUUGGUGUUCUACCCGUGCGCAGUUGCGAUCGGGAAUCUGGGGAAUUUGCAAAGUGCUAUGUUAUUCCUACACAGCAUCAGGAAGAGGACAGGCCUGACAUAACACAGGCAGCUGGAGCAGAUAAACCCCGCACUGUGGACAAAAAGGGCGGAGGUUCACCAGCCGUUACUGAGUGCAUUAAAUUAGGAGGAAUAUGCACGCAGGAAUGUCCCUCAGCAGUUGGAUCAUUGUUUUGGGCUUUAGCCUCAGAGUGAUUUUAGGGACAUAUUUUUCUCUUGACCAACCCUGAGUGUUUGAAUGACAGCAACCACAUAAUAACCGCUUAUUGCUGUGCUAAAAACACCAGCGAGUGCCACAUCAACGCUCACUAGACUCAGAAUAGUACUUUACAACCGCAUAAACAGGUCUUUUGCAAUACUUAAGAGUCUGGGUUAGUGUUACAGGAAAAAGCACCAGUAUAAAUAAGAAAGACAAGCCCUGCUUUCAUCGCUGUAGUCAGUCUGUAGAAUUAUAUGCUCAUACUUUUAGAAAUUAAAGGGGGGCUGUGUUGGUUUUUGUUAUUUUCUGUCGCACAUACUGUUAAAAUGAUGAAUGCGCUCAUAUCCAGUUCUGUGGAAUUAUUCAUAUUUUGGCUUCGGCUGAGGUUUAAAUUCACUCCCAGCAGGCCACAGAGUCAGGUUCACUUCAGUUCACUUAAAUGAAUUUAGUUUCUUCAGUUGAAUUGAAUGGAAAAAUAUAGACUUACCUUUUUGACAAAGCUCUCAGUCACACAGGCCUAUAGACCAGUUGGCAACCCCCUUGCAGUCUCCAGUCGCUAAGAAGAAAUGUGUGUAUUCCCCAGACCAGUGUUUGAGUAUUAGUUGAUUUGAAAAUGGUUGCCAACAGGGUGCUGAACCAAAGACCUGCCUGUGAUUGCGUUUUGUUGCUUGUAGAUUGCUGUGGUUGCCUGUAGUUUGUAUGGAAGAUGCCAACUUGUCUGCAAACAUUCACAGAGUUGUAAUGAAACUUGGAAAAGUGCAACACAAACUUGACCUUCAGAGCAAAAUAGUGCUUUACUUUUAUUUUGAAGGUUAACGUUCUCCAUUUCUGGUUUGCAUCGCACCUUUUCAAGUUUCACUGCUGCUCUGCAAGUAGCUGGUGAGUGGUUACAGAUGAGUUGGUGUCUUCCAUGAAACUGCUAGCAACCUGACGCAAGGAGAAUUUCCAUUUGACCUAACAACUGUAGGCAAUCAAUUGCCAACCAGUUGUGGAAUCCUUAUUUGUCCCUAGCAACCAGUGGUUUCCAAGGGUCUCCAAGCCUGUAUGGUUUUGCUAAAAUCAAGCAGCGAAAGUGAAAUGAGUUUUUAAAUGUAAUAAAAGACAGAGGAGAUUAUUUUUGACUCACACAUUGACGACCACAGUCCCAUGGUUAUUCAAUUACUCAAGUGCAGCCCUACAAAAAUCUUAGUGACCAUAUAGUUUCCUUAAAGCACAAUAACCUGGCAUGUAAUGUGGAUUGGGUGUUCUGGGCUGCUGGACUGAGUUCAAAGGUGCAAACUGGACUGGUUUAAGAACUAUUUUGCUCUUUUGAUCAGUUAUAUUAACAAUGUGUCGGCUGUGUGACACUGCAGUGUAGCUCAAAUCAACUAUGAGCAUCUCCUGUUUCGGUUGUUUGAUAGGUUUUACAAUUUUUAUCUCCUGGUGUCGUGUGGAAAGCUCCAGCUUUGUAAAGUCCAAGUCAGAUUUCCCCAUGAAGUAUCAAUCUAUUCAUCGGUCUCCUCUCCUGCUCCACAAACCUCACUCUGAGCUCUUUUUACUCCCCUCCAGGCUCAGAUUAAAACACAAAGAGCUCAAUUAAUCCAGGAGCCCCCACAGCAGCGUGGCCCCAUGC